CAACAAAACUCAGGUUUUAAAUGGGAUUUAGAUUAUUAUGGAAGCUUGAAUUAUUGUAUGCAGAAAAAAAACAGAUUACUACCAUCCUCCAACUAUUGUCAAAUAAUAGAUGACAAGGAUGUUUAUCACGGACAAAUUUCCUGGACAAACGUGUUCCGUGAGGAGGUUGAAAUUAUUAGAACACAAGACGUCAGUCAAGAUCCAGACCGAUGUAUUUUUGGAGUAUUUACCCUCGUGCAAGGACAAACAACAUUACACAUGACAGAACACAAGUGCAACGAAAAUAAAAAUUGGUAUAUAUGCAAAACAAACAGUACUUUGUACACCAUGUAUACAACUGAAGCGUCCCUUGUUAAUACAAAACCAGGAUUACGAAAUAUUCCAGCAGAUAAAGAAAAUAUCACAACAUCAACAGGUGCAGUGAUUGGCGGAAUUCUAGGUGCGUGUUUUAUACUUACUGUAUCAACAGUAUUGAUUGUAUGUAAAAUAAGGUCAAAGGGAAUCUUUAACGAAUCUGAUAAACAUGAGAAUAGAGAAACUAGUCAAUUGCACUUUUCAAAGACAAGCAACAGAGAUUUAACGAAUACAACUAAAGGAACGAGUACAGCAUUAGCAUCAACGAAGACUAAUGACUCUUGUGAAAUGCGCAUAUUAGUAUAUUCCGCUGUAAAUAACAUAAAUAAACCGGAAAAUAUGAACGAGACAUAUACUGAUGCAGCCAAUGGAGAAUAUGAUCUUUUACAUGAUAAACAAAAUCGAAGAAUUUGUCCACCAGAUAAUGUGUACCAUAUUCAAGGCGCAUAUCGAAAUGAAGAUGGCCUUACAUACGAUAGCGCAGCCUUUCGGAAAGGAAAUUGCAAUGAUGGAAACGAAUUAUAUGACAUGUCUUUUUCGGUGGUUGAAGGAGAUUAUUCAUUCGUGUCAUAUAAAAAACAUGACCCCGGCAUGACCACUGAUAUAUACGACAAACCAACUUAGCCAUGUGAAAUGGUAAUAAUAUUUAUCACCUGUCAACAAAACUGUCUGCAUAAAAAGAUAUUAUAGAUCGACAAUCCUCUUUUUUUCUAUCCCUGACAAUCAUUAUUUCCUACCCUAGGAAUAGAUUACCAUAGCUGUAUUUGGCAAAACCUUCAAGAAUUCUGGUUCCUCAAUGCUCUUCAACUUCGUUCUUUAUUUGGCCUUUAACUAUUAAAUGCGAACGUCACUCGUCAGUCGUUUGUAGAAGAAACGCGCGUGCGGCGUACACAAUUGUAAUCCUGGUAUAAAUGAUGAGUUUAUUUGUUUCAGGAUUUCAGUUGAAAAAAAAACGUAUUUGAAAUUGUAUUGUGAUAUACGCAUGAUUUGAAGAUUGAUGAAAAUCUAUAGAAGAUACCAAUGUUUGUGCCUACG